CGACUGGCGGGUCGCCGUUUAUCGCCCAUACAACAGCUGCUGCCGUAAUCACCGUGCUACCUAAACUCCGAGGGCAUUUGAUCCUCUUUUGCCUGACAAAUGUCCUCUAAUCCGUAACAUUUUCUCUCCGUAGACAUCGGCCAUCUUGAACAGCUUCGGCAUUUGCUAUUGCUCCAGAGCGGCUUCGAUUGCACCACAUUCUGAACCACCCGCUUCCGCGAAUCCCGGCUCAUCUAUACAUCUGCUGAGACUAACGACCGUAGUGAUAAUCCAGACGGUUGGUGACACCAGCAAUGGAAUGGACACCGGGCGACCGCGAUGGUGAUGGAGAUGGCGAUGGUCCCUUUGAGUGGGACCCCAGAGAUGCGGAAGUAACUGGAUAUGGCAGCUGGCACACCGCCGACGAGAGCCACGAUGAUGAUGAUGAAGACCAUGGCGAUGUGUAUGAGGAUGCGAAUGAGGGGGGUGAGAACGAGGAUGAAGACGAAGAUGACGAUGAGGAUGACCCCGACUAUCGUGACGAGCCAGAUGAGGACGAUGAGGAUCUUCACGAUCAUGAUGAGGAAGAAGAAGGAGACGGUGACGAUCGGGUGGAGUACGCCUUUGGUGAUUUCCGAUUCCAGAUUGUAAUCGACGAUGAAGAGGCGGGACGAGACGAGGCCGCCUUGAGGCUGAUUUCACUAUUAAGAGCUGGCCAAAGAUCGGGGCUCUUAACGAGACAGCAGCUCAUGACAUUAUUCCGCGGCACUGGCCUAGGCCGUGGGAUACCCGUCACACCAAAAGAUCCCAACCGGUUUCCCAAAGUUCCCAGCGAAGAGGGCAGAAAGCUCAUGGAGUCUGGAGUCUUUGGCUUGAGUGAUACUGACCUGCGGACUAAAAAACGAAUCGCAAGACGUCUGCUGGAUCGAGAGAUUGGUCUAGGGGACCGGAUGUCGAGAAAGCGAACCAAUGGUGUUUUAGCUCAGAGCUUCAUCCCCGGGAGCAAGGCGGAGAAAAUCAUCCACUAUGAUCACCCCAUCUACUCUGGCCAGUUCUCCGAUGACGGUAACUUCUUCUUCUCAUGCUGUCAGGACUUUAAUGUGCGCAUGUACGACACGUCUAAUCCCUACAACUGGAAGCUUUACAAGACAGUAAGCUACCCCUUUGGUCAGUGGACGCUUACAGACGCCUCUCUGAGUCCGGACAACCGCUGGUUGGCGUAUACCUCUAUCCAAAGCAUCGUCUCAAUAGCGCCCACCGAUCCACGAGACAAGGGAGAGCCUUACUCUCUCGAGCUUGAUGACGGGGAGGGUCAUACAAGACUCUCAUUUUGGCGUAACCGCGGCUCCUUUGGAAUUUGGUCCGUCAGAUUCUCAGGCGAUGGACGAGAGCUUGUUGCUGGUACCAGCGCUCACUCACUAGUCGUCUAUGAUAUCGAAUCCAGGAGAGUCCUCCAUCACAUCACCGGCCACCAGGACGAUGUCAACGCCGUGUGUUUUGCAGACAAGGCAUCCCCCCACAUCAUCUACUCCGGCUCAGACGACACAACCAUCAAAGUGUGGGAUCGGCGAAGCAUGGGAGACAAUCGGGAGGCCGGCGCCUUUGUAGGCCACACCGAGGGUCUGACAUAUAUCGACAGCAAGGGUGACGGGCGAUACAUUCUCAGUAACGGCAAGGAGCAAAGCAUGAAGCUGUGGGAUCUGCGCAUGGCCAUGUCGACGGACCGGUUCCGUGAAGUCACCAAGGACAACGACACCCGCCUGGAUAGAUUCGAUUACAGGCAAGACGAAUAUGAUGAAGACGACUGGGACGUGCACCCCCACGACAAUUCUCUCGUCACUUUCCGAGGCCACAAGGUCCUCCGCACGCUCAUUCGAUGCCACUUCUCGCCCCCGUCGUCAACCAACUCGCGCUACGUCUACUCUGGCAGUGCGGACGGCAAGGUGCACAUCUGGAACAUGGACGCCACUAAAGCAGGCGAAAUCGACGUACAGGGGGCGACUGAUCAGACGAGGAGGCUCGAUCGCCGUACUCGGGUCUACUUUGACGAGCCCGGCGGCUGGGGCACAUGCGUCCGUGAUGCUAGCUGGCAUCCUAGUGCGCCAAUCAUUGUUGCAUCUGCAUGGAAUGGAUACAGCAUGGCACGAGGUACCUGCACAGUCCAUGCGUUCAACGGGGCUUCUGAGGAUGAAGGAGAGCCUAGGCUGGGAGACAGUGUCAACGAGUCGCUGAGGGCAGAUCCAGAGACGUUUUAUCAAUCACGGUUCUAGAUGACCUGGCGUUGAAAAAUGGUAUAAAUGUGAAGACGAGGACAAAAUGAAAGGUACAUAAAUGGUCUUGGAUUCUUGAUGUUACCACUACUGCUCCAAUGAGCGCAGGAUGAUAUUGUGACCUGGUGUACUAACCAUAGAUGAGGUCAUCUCCAUGCAAUCACUUUCAACAGAAAACAUCUUGUUUGGGUGGUGUUAUACUUGUAUUUGUCCCCAUCUUGCACAGGUUCAAUAUUCUCUUGUUCGCAUUA